AUUUCAGCUAUAGAUUGUUUAUCUGUAAGAGCUAUUCAUUACUCUUACAUACUGGCAAGGGUGUGGCUCUGAGAUAAGGAACUGCAAAGUCUUUGUCUGGAGAGAAGUCGUACCCUUUGAGCAGUUUCGUUUGGAAAGUUAGUGGGAAUUAUUCUAGGACAUACCCAAUUAGGAAGCAGUAAGAGGUAGGCAGCCACAACUGGUUCGCCAGGUUCUCUAACUUCCUGCUGAGCUUUGUGGAGAAUGUCUAAAAUGAAAAACCCUCAGACUUUUGAGGAGCAAACAGAAUGCAUUGUGAAUAGUCUACUCAAAGACUUCAUGACCCCAACACUCUACGCUGAGAACAGGAACCUAUCGGAUGCAGAUGAACCAUGCUCAGGAGAGGAUUACUCUUUUGAUGUGGCUAUCAUUGUUGGCCGCCUCCGAAUGCUGGGUGACCAGUUCAAUGGAGAGCUGGAAGCUUCUGCCAAUAAUAUCAUUGGGAAAACCAUUCAAGGACAGACAGAAACUAUACUCAAGGACACAGUACAGUCUCUCAGCAGAACCUGGUGUACUCAGGAUCCUACCUUAGCUUUUGAACGAGCCUUUUUGGCAGUAUCAGUAAAACUUCUUGAAUAUGUGGUCCGUAAGGCUCCGAAAAUGGCAAGGCAGGUGGCCACCUGCAUGACGGGUAUGAUCAACGGGAACACAGCCAUCCGCGAGUUUAUCCAGAGCCAGGGAGGAUGGGAUAACCUGGAGAGCUGAAGAAGAGGGUUAUCCUAACCCAGACUGAACAUCACCUCCUCUGACAGAUUGGGUGGGCCAUUGAUUUCUGACAAUUAAACAUGCUUUUCUCAGUUCACCCA